GUUGUCUAGUAUCAAAAGCCGCCAGAUCCAAUUUUAUAAAAAAAAAAGUUAGAAUGCUCUAUGGUUUCGUUUUCUUGAAGACUUUGUUUCCCUAAAUUAAAUUAGUAUCAAUCUCCGCUAGAUCGCUAGCAAAUUAAGAUCAAUAUCUGUAUUUAUUUUCAAAACCCGCCAUAUCCUUGAUCACUGAGUUCCAUUCCCCGCUAGAUCCAAAUAGACCAAUCAAAUCGCAGGAUUUUGACGGGCAACUGUCAUGGCGUCCUUGGCAUCAGUAUGGCCGUUCGUACAUUGUUAUGUGAGUUUCGUGCUGCAAUUUAAUUGAAUUAAAUGGUAAACAAUGGCCGAUUUGUUGAAAAAAAUUGAAAAAGUUCCGCCUAAUGAGGCAAGGAAGCGAGGCGUCAAUAAAGAAAACUGGAAAAGAGAAAGAAAACGUCGAGAAAUAUAUGCUUCGAAAUCCUUUCCGCAACCUCCUCAGUGCAAUCAUACACAUAACAGAACUUUUCGUUGCUCGACAAUAAAGAUGCAAGAUAUUGCUCGAAUGCACCGUAAUUUCUAUGAAUUGCGAAGUAAAAUUGAUCAAGAUAAUUUCAUUCUGCAGCAUUGCCGUAUUGCAAAAUGUUCUAGAAUUAGGCUGAAAAAUGAAUCUAGAGGUCCAAAAAAUCUAAGCGCAGAAUACUAUGUUACGAUUAAAAAUCCACAUAAACAAAUAAGAGUUUGUAAAACUGCCUUUCUUAAAAUAUUAAAAGUGGGUAAAGAUCGAGUCACAGGAAUCUUACAGAGAUCUUUUAAAGAUGGAGGGAGUGUAGCAAAGGAGAAUCGUGGUGGCAACCGUAAAGAGGCACGAUAUGCCGAAAAACGAAGAAGGGUAGAGGAAUUUAUAGAGACUUUAGAAGCUGCAGAACCGCAUUACUGUAGAGCCAAAUCGUCUAUUAGACUAUAUUUACCACCAGAACUUAAUAUCGUAAAGCUCUGGAAAAUGUACCAAGAGCAAGUUCAAGAGACACCACAGCUUAAAGUUAAACAAUCAUUUUUUCGUGACAUUUUUAACAAGAAGUAUAAUGUUGGAUUUGGAUCUCCUUUGAAGGAUACCUGUUCGCGAUGUUUUGAGCUGACUAGAAAAAUAGAAACUGCACCCACAAGUGAAGAAAAGGUAACAUACAUGACGCAGAAACGCAUACAUACCUUAAAAGCUAAGGCUUUCUAUGAAUUAUUGAAAGUUGAACCGGAACAUUGUAUUUCACUAUCUUUUGAUUGUCAAAAAAACAACCCACUUCCCAAAUUACCUGACCAAGCGGCUUACUUCAGUAGGCAAUUGAAUAUGUACAAUUUCACAGUUGUUAUCGGCACUUCCAAAUCAGCUUUGGAUAAUGUACGUACAUACUAUUGGUGUGAAAACGAACACUCAAAAUCGUCAAACGAAAUUGCAAGUGCAGUCUUCCACACAUUGAACAAUCUGGCAAUUCCUGAAAAUAAAACUAAAAUAAGAUUAUUUGCUGACGGUUGUGGAGGCCAGAAUAAGAACACAAUUCUUUUGGGAAUGUGUUCAAGUUGGUUAUUUUCUAAUGCACCAUCACAUGUGAAACAACUUGAAAUUAUAUUUCCUAUGGUAGGACACUCGUUCUUACCACCGGACCGCAUAUUUGCAAAGAUAGAAAGGGAGACAAAGAAAAAAUCGAUUAUAUGCGAUCCACAAAUUUAUGUGAAUUUAUUCAAGGAACAUGCGACUUGUUUUCAUUUAGGCGAUGGCAACGUGGAAGUGCGUGAUUGGAAAAAAGAAGUCACUACAACACUUAAAACUCCAGGAAACUGGCAUUUCAGGUUCAACCCAUCAAAGCGUUUUAUACUGCGCCGUGGUCGACAGAACGUUAGUGUGCAAGGUGAAGAAAACUAUCGGAAUGAAAUUGGGCAACCAAAAUAUGUCACGAAAAGGGGAAAGCAUGUCACUGAUUUGGCACCUGCAAUUUUGCGAAGAGGAAACAAAGUGAACUUUAAAAAAAUACUUGAUGUAGCAAACCUUUUGAAGAAGCAUUUCGGUGAAGAUUGGAGAACUAUUGCCAGUUUAAAAUAUUAUAAAGAAGUAGAAGAAACUAAUGACCAAUUUGAAGAACAUGAGUACCUUCAGUGUGUUGCACUAGAAGAAAGUGAAAACUUUAUUUAACUAAUUUCUUUACAUUAAAUU